CUUAUGUCGGAGUAAAACUGGUGCGGCUUCUUUUAACCGCAGAUACUUUACCCGCUGGUCCGAUACUUGUGAUCACUUAUAAGAAUCAUGGUUUGGAUAAUUUUUUGUUGGGUUGCUUGCCAUUCUGUGAGAAUUUGGUGAGGGUAGGAAGGAGAAGUACUGAACCUUCGCUCGGGGAAUACAAUUUGAACGAGAAGGUAAGUCGGGUGGACGAAUUUUCGUCUGAAUGGACGGCUUGCAGGCAUAUGUUAGAAAAAAUUCAACAAAAGAUGGAGAGGGCUCUUUAUGGCUUAAUGGAGAGUAAUGUUUUUGAUUCAAAAACGCUAAUCACUCACAUGCCAGAUAGACAAAUAAGGCUAUUGCUCUCUAAAUCACAGUAUGGUAAACAACUCCUCGAAAAGUUUCCAGAAGAAAACCCGCUUGGGCAAUCGAUUAGAGGCAAAAUUGGUUGAAAGCAAGGAAGCAAGACGUGUUACUACCUUGUUAUAUGAUGCAAUCUCAAAACAAAUUCGCGAGUGGAGACCGCCCAUGAAGACGUUCGAACUGGUGGAGAAUUGUUUCUCUCAUUGUAAACCUCAACGAAUAGUAGAUGAAAUCUUGUCUUCUGAUAAGAUACGUAGAGGGACCAAGGGAUACGGUUAUCAAGAAGUUGAACAGGAUCUAAGCGACGAUGAGUCUGUGGAGGAUUUCUUGGUACCUGUUUCAAAGAGAUCGCAAGACAACGAAUCAUGGCUAGAGGACAACUUUUUUCCUUUCCAAAGAGAAGAUGCUGGCAACUUAUUCUCAAAGCGGGCCAAUUUGCAUAUUGACAUAGACAAAUAUCGAUGGCUGCUGCACGAGAAUCCCUGGCACUUAAAUGAACACUGCCGCGUAUUAUUAGUACAUGUGAUAAUGCAAAUCCAAUAUGAGAUGAGUUUGAAAAAGCUUGCAAAUUUAAAGAAGGAAUACGACGAAACCUGCGAGAUGAUGAAAGAGAUAAAUCAACGUCGGCAGCUGCGAGUGCUUCAAGAGGCUAGUAUUGUUGGGAUGACAACGUCUUGUGCAGCGAUGCAACUCACUGUUCUUAAAAUGCUCAAACCGGCAAUUGUUUUUGUGGAAGAGGCCUCAGAAAUUUUGGAACCUCAAGUGUUGGCUGCUCUUCAACCCAGUGUACAACAUCUGAUUCUUAUUGGGGAUCAUUACCAGUUAUCACCCAGUGUGGCAUGUCACGAGCUGGAGCGCCGGCAUGAUUUUUCAGUAUCGAUGUUUGAAAGAUUAGUUGAGCACAACAAGUUUCCCUUCCAAUCUCUUGCUGUACAAAGCCGCAUGAGAGAGGAGUUUCUACCUAUGAUUUUGCCCAUAUAUCCACAUGUAACUUCAAACACAGAACGUGUUAGAGGGGAAAGGAACGAGGCGCCUGCUUGUACUACAACUCCAAUGCUGUUUUGGUGUCAUACAUAUCCAGAGACUAAACACGAACGAAGUUUUGCAAACAAAGGAGAAUCAGAAAUGGUAGUUGCCCUUUUAAGUUUGCUGCUAGCGGAAGGAGAGAAUCCUCUGAAUAUAACUGUGCUGGCAGCCUAUAAUGGACAGGUGUCUUUGUUAAGGAAGAAAUUGCGGGGAAACACAGGUGCUACAGACGUUCAAGUUCAUACGAUCGAUAGAUUUCAAGGUUCAGAGAAUAACAUUGUAAUCGUAUCCCUCGUAAGAUCCAAUGAUGAUAGAAACAUUGGAUAUCUGGCUAAACGAAAUAGGCUGUGCGUUUCUGUUUCCAGAGCAAGAGGAGCACUGUAUUUCUGUGGCAAUCACAAAUUAUUUUUAGAAAAGUCUCCGCACUGGAGAACCCUCAUCGAGUAUUUCAAAGAGCAGGAAUGUUUGAGCGAGCAAAUAUAUCUUCGUUGUCCAAGACAUCCUUGCGACCCUCCUUUUGCUCUGUCCAAUAAAGAUGCAUCUUCUUUUAAUCCUCUGUUCUGCACAAGGCCUUGCAGGGCUGUUCUUGAAUGCGGUCACCUGUGCUCAAGUACAUGUCAUCAUGGGGAGCAUCCGCUCUGUGACGAACCAGUUCUUUUCCAGUUCAAAAGUUGUGGCCACGAAGCAACAAAGGGCUGUUCACAAGACGAGGAAACACAACUCUGUUUAAAGGAAAUAAGCUACAAGUUUAUUAAGUGUGGACACACAGAGGUUUUCGAGUGCUGGCGAGUUGCAAAGAACCGAGGCUUGUUUUGUAUGCAUUCCUGCCUCAGGGAGUUGCAAUGUGGACAUCUAUGUACUCUCAAGUGCUGCAAUGACUGCAAAGCAUAUCCAUGUGUUAUUUGUCUUGAGAUACAAAAGGAGAAAGCUGCAAAAGAACUAGAACGGGAGGGUAAGGAACUUGAAUUGAAAAAGGAAGAACUAAAUAAAGAACUUUCGAAAUUGAAGUCACAGGAUGUGACUGAAGAGUCAUCAAUCUUAGAGCUCGAUUCAGAGAGUGAGACGGCUGCAGAAUAUUUGCAGGUUAGAGACCGAACGGAAAAAUUCAUCCAACCAAAACAUGGAAUUCUUCCAAUUGUGACCAAGAUUGAAAAGGUAUUUAAUCUGCAUUUACAAAUCAAGUUUCUAGAGACUCAGAAGGACCUCCUUCGUCCCACUUCUCCCACGCAACUUCUGUUCCACGGAACCAGUGACCAAGCUAUUCAAGGGAUUAUUAAGGCGGGCUUUAAGCUUCCGCCCUCAGAUAAACAAAAUAUGUUUGGACGGGGGAUUUAUUUUGCUACCGAUUCUUCCAAGAGUGCUCAACAGAUUUACACAAAAGGGAGCAACAAACUCUUACUCUCUGAAGUUCUUCUUGGGAGAACUUGGACGUAAGUCUUGUUCGACGUUUCUUUGUUUGCCUUAUACCGAUCUUCCCAGUCACUUGAAAUUCAAGCACAUUAAUCCUAUUACCAAUUAUAAAUGAUAAUAUAGUUCUCUCGUCUGGCUUUAUUAGAAAAAAAGAUUGUAAAUAAAUUCUUCAUUAUUUUGUUUCCGUAUGGUGCAACAAGCUCAACCAAAUAUGGCUGAGAUGGAUAAGGAGGUAAUUAAUAAAAAGGGAUACGAUUCUCUAUUUUCAAAGAGAGACGCAAAAGGCAAAGGAGGCACACUUUAUGACGAAUUUGUGGUGUACGAUCCUCAUCAAGCGAUCCCCCGAUACAUAGUGCACUAUAAAAACCUGGUACCUGAUCCUGCAGCCAUCUCCUCGCCAAUCUCAUCAGUUAACCGCAACCUCAUCAGACUGCAGUAUAUAAUGUCUCAAAAUUUCACUGGAGAUACUCCUGCUGAAUAUCAUUUCAGACUUGCCGAGUCCCAAUUUUUCAGAAUGUCUAGCAGGGACAAUUACAAGGCAAUAAAGGUUGAGCAUAUAUUGAAUAAAAAAUUGCAAAUGGUAUAUGAGAAAGCCAAAGAAGAACUCGAAAAGCAGAGGAAAAGUGUGGAAGAGAUGUUAGUGUUCCAUGGAACUAACAAAGAUGCCAUAGAGAAGAUCAUAGAAGAAGGAUUCAAGAUAGGCGGUCAAGGAGUGGAGGUGCGACAUGGAACCGCAUAUGGGACCGGCGUAUACACUGCCCUAGAUCCUAAUACAUCAAUUAGCUAUAGCAAAGGGGGAAUGAUCCUUCUCUCCUCUGCUUUAAUUGGUGAGAAAGGUAAUGAUUUCAAGGAAGGAGGUUCUAGUAACGUGCUCGUGCUUCACAAAACAGAGUACUUGCUACCAAAGUACAUAGUCCAUUUUGAGAAGAAAUAGCUGAUGUAAAGUAUUCCAGAGUCGCCUGAAUUUCGGAGGUAAAAUAUAAUACUUGCUACGAAAAUAAGAAUCCACUUUGUAAAGAAUGAAGUAUUUCAGAUUCACCUGAAUUUUGGAGGUAAAACAGAGCACUUGCUACAAGUACAUAAUCCAUUUUGUGAAAAAAUAGUCAAUUUAAAGCUGUCAUAAAGCUUACCUAUUCCAUAUUCACCUGAAUUUUGGAGGUAAAACAUAGCACUUGCUACCGAAAUACAUAAUCCAUUUUGUAAAGAAACAGAUAAUGUAUAGCUGUUAGUAUACUAUUCCAGACUCGCCUGAAUUUGAGAGGUCUGGAACUGGUAUAUAAUGAUAUGUUUCUAUGAUAUUUAAA